UCCAAAGAUUUCAAAAAUGGAGCCUCUCACAACUAGUUAUCCUCUGAAAUACUCCGUGCACAAAGCCAGGAUCUUUGUUGUCUUCCUGUCAAUGGUUUUGUGCACCACCAUUCUCUGCCUGCUGCAACUCAGGUUUUUUAAACCUAAAAUCAAAGAUUUUUAUUCUUUUGAAGUCAAGGAUUCACGAGGAAGAAUUAUUUCCUUGGAGAAGUACAGAGGGAAAGCAACUUUGGUUGUAAACGUGGCUAGUUAUUGCCAAUACACAGACAAAAAUUACAUCGCACUGCAAGAGCUGCACAGAGAGUUUGGUCCCUCCCACUUCACUGUGCUGGCGUUUCCCUGCAACCAGUUUGGAGAAUCAGAGCCUAGUUCAAGCCAGGAAAUAGAAUCUUUUGCCAAAGGAAACUAUGGAGUAACAUUCCCUGUUUUCCACAAAAUCAAGAUCCUAGGAUCAGAAGCAGAUCCCGCCUUUAAAUUUCUAAUAGAUUCUUCAAAGAAAGAGCCUCGAUGGAAUUUCUGGAAGUACCUUGUCAGCCCUGAGGGUAAAGUUGUGAAAUUCUGGAGACCCGAAGAGCCAAUGGAAAGUAUCAAACCAGAAGUAACAUCAUUAAUCAGGCAGAUUAUCAUGAAGAAAAGAGUAGACCUCUGAAAUGGCCAUUCAACACCAUGAGUAUACAGCCUUUCUACAUGCUUGAGAAAUGUUGCUAGAAUCUAAACCAUCAGGUGAUUUUGCUACUCUUUAACUUUGGUGUUUGCAAUUUGUCUGUUAUUUCUGGAUUGGCUCCUGCAAUGGCUUCUAGAACGACUGAGGCUACUGACACAGCGAGGCACUCACUACUUUGCAGGCAGGGACCACCAAUUUGCAUAAGAGGUUUAUGAUUUCUUUUUCUGAAUUGCUGACAAUAGCUAAUUAAAGUGGUCACCAACAGGUAGAUAGUUAGAAAGAAGUUUUAUUAAUAAUUCACUUGUAUUUACACAGGUUUUUCCCCCAUCUACCAGUAACACAGAGAUUUUAUAUUCCAUUAACAUGUAAUUGCCCUGUCAUGAAACACAUGGGAUUCAGAGACAUCCAUGGCAGGGCUUCUACACACAUAUGUAACUGAAGAUACCAGCUUUGCAAUAUCUUCUCAAGGAAGACUACUGAAUUACAAAGCUGCCAGUUGCAAAAAAAAAUUGUACAUAGAAUAUAAAAUUAUUAAAAGAAGAAAAAAAAUUAAAUAAAGUUUGCUUGCUGCUUCA